ACCAUGGCAUGGAAAGUUAAUAUUUUUGUAGUAGUACUAGUGUUUUGGAAAUGGAUGAUAGUAGCCAUGGCAAUAGACCAAAGCCCGAAAGGCGUAGGAGAAUGGGCCAUGAAUCUCCGGCAAGAAAAGCUGAGCAAACUCCACUUCUUCUGCCACCACCUCCACGGCACAACAGCCGUCACCAUCGCCAAAGCCGCCACCACCGACGCCUCCCCUACGCUCUUCGGCCUCCUCGACACGAGGGAUGACCCCGUGACGGUGGGGCCGGAGAGGUCGUCGGAGCGUCUGGGGUACGCGCAGGGGAUCUCGGCCGCGGCAUCGCUGCAAGAGAUCUCCUCCUUCGACCCCUUCACCUUUUUCUUCACCAACGAGGAGUUCAACGGCAGCACCCUCGCGGUCAUGGGCAGCUGCCCGCUCUCCAGCCGCUCUUGCGAGGCCGCGGUGCUCGGGGGCAGCGGCGUUUUCCGGUUGGCGCGUGGGGUGGCCACCACCAAAGUCUACUAUCUCAAUUUCACAACGGGGGCGGCUAGUGUUGAGAUCGACAUUGUGCUUUUGCAUUACUAAUCACUUUAUUAAUUAUGCUUUUCAAUAAUCCCAUUGAUUAUGUAUCUUCAAGUUUCAACUUUAUGUUGG